AUGAGCGAACUCGAAACUUUAGAAGAAUUGGAUCCUAACUGUUUCAUUGUUUUCAAGAAAAAUGAUGACAGUCGUAGCAAGUUGCAAUCAUUAUUUGACGUAUUAAAGAUAAAUGUUGCUUUCAGGCCAGGUCAUUCUACUGAUACUAUGUUUGCAUUUUUGAAAAUCAAAUGCAUUCAGGAUGAGAAUGCUAUUACGAACUCCGUGAAGGCCAUGUCUUUUGUAGACCAGUUGGUUCCAUUAUAUGAUAUCAAGACGACCAGAUCGUUGUCAAACCUGGCUGACCAGUUACUGAAGUCAUUAAGCCUUCCUAAAGACCAUGAUUUAAGCAAUUUAGCCAAUUUGACUGCAAAUCCAAGAUUAGCCAUGUAUUUGGCUUUCUACAAUCACUACCUGCAUUAUCUAGGAAUCCUAUCAGUGUUCGGUAUGAUAUCCUAUACAUUUUCUAACUCAAAUUCUUGGGAAUUUAACAAUACUUAUUCGCUGUUUUUGAUGUUUUGGUCGAUCAUGUUUAUGACUUCAUGGAUAUACAAGAAGGAGAAUCAAUAUGUCAUCAAGUUCAGUCCAUCUUUGGUUCCAAGUGCCUCGUCCAUAGAACAACGUACUGCAAAGUCAUCGGUUAUUUUAAGAACAUUGAUGUUCAUUCCCAUUGCUCUGAUAUUUAUCAUUGCAUUGGUCAUUUUUCAAAUGUUUUGCUUUUUCUUAGAAAUUUUCAUCACUCAAGUAUAUGCAGGUCCAUUGGUUUCUAUAUUUUCCUUGGUCCCAACUAUUCUGAUAAGUGCAUUCGUCCCAGUUUUAACAUUAAUCUACAAUAAUUUCUUCAUCAAAAACUUCGUUAAUUUCGAAAAAAGUAAUAACAUCUACAAUUCAAUCUUAAGAAAAAAUUUUGUCCUAAAUUUUUUCACUAGUUAUGGUCCUCUAUUUAUCACUUUGUUUUAUUAUUUACCAUUAGGUUAUACUUUCUUUGGACCAAAUUUUAGAAGCAAAAUUGGUAUGCUUGGUAUCCCAAUGAAUAAUGGUAAUUUUGUUGUUAAUACGAAACGUCAUCAAAAUCAAUUUAACUACUUUAUGGUAAUUAACCAAUUAAUUCUUUAUGCAGUUGACAACCUUUUGCCUAUUGGCCUAAGUAAGGUUCAAAAACAUGGUGAACUAACCGACGAAAAUAUCUUAAGAUCAUAUGACUUAAAGAUCUGGAAGAUUGCCAAAAAUUAUAAGAUCAAUUCAUGGGGUGAAUUUGACGUUGACGCAAAUAUGAAAAAAUUGAUAGUUCAAAUUGGAUUUAUCACGAUGUUUUCAAUGAUAUGGCCAGUGGCACCAUUAGUUUUAUUCUGUUUUAAUUUUAUUAUAAUGAAAACAGAUAUCGUGAAGAUGCUGAAAAAAUGCCAACCAACUUCAGUUCCAAUGCAUCAGAAUCAAAAAAAUAGGACUUUCAUUAAAUUAGAAAAUUUCAGUGAUUUUAAAACAAAGAUAGGUACCAAUCCUUGGGAUAGUAUCUUACAAGUUAUUAUUUGGAUUAGUUGUGUCAUUUGUCCAAUAUUAACUUUCAUGUACAGACGUUCAUAUUUACCCGGUAUUGGCUCAGAUAUGUUGGAGAAACGAGAAUUAUGGUACGUUUCAUCGCCACUUGUAAACGAUUGGAAAACUAUUUUGCUUUAUGGUUUCUGUUUCGAGCACGUCUCUAUUGUUAUUUUCAUGAUAUUAAGAAAGCUAUAUACUCUAUCGAAUGAUAUGACCCCAGAGGGAAUAAUUCCAAUGACUGAAAAUGCAACUUUGCUUGGCAAUGAGAAUAUUACAAAGAUUAAUGAGGAGAUAUUGGAUGAUGGAAUGAAUGGUUUGAGGGAAAGAAACGGUAGAUCAGGACAAAAAUUGUCAGCAUAUGAUUCUAGAACGUCUAUUAUCUCUUCCUCACCUUCUAUUGGAGCAAUUGCUGACCAUUCUAAGAAUGCCAGUGGAUUCAAGAAUGAAAGUAAUGAACAUUUGUUGGCACCAACUAGUAAACAAAGUGCUUCGACGUCAAAUGCUUCACAUACUUCAACGAGUGUUGCGGGAGCCACAUUGCCCGAUUGUAUUCCAACGUCAAAAAACUACCAUUUAAGAUUUGAUAAAGACGGUAAUCCAAUUUCUACAUCCGAUUUAAGUAAACUCGAUAAUGAAUUUAACACGGCGGAGACUGUCAAGAGUGAGAAACAUAACGAAAAACAAGUCACGACGGGACCAUCUAAUUCAAGCGAGGAUUCUGUGAAUAAGUUGAAACCUGAUGAAAUUAAGAGUGGUUUGAAUUCUUCUGUUGAUAACAGUGGGUUUGCUAAUACCGCCUCUCAUUUAUCAGCUAAAUCUUUGAAAUCUGCCCAUUACGUAAAGUCGCAAAGCAGCUUAUCUGCACCUAUUCCAAAACCCAGAGCCAAAGAAAAGCAUGUGAGACCCAAGUCAUCGAUAUCAAGUGUAAAUACGGCGUCCACCACAAAGAGUAAGCCUAAGAAGCAUUCAUCGCUACUGGGUAAACUCAAGAGAAAAUUAUAA